GAGCGACAGAAAAGGGUGGGGCCGCGUCCCUGCCGCAGAGACGGCGGCGGCGGCAGCUGCAGCAUCACUGGGAGCAGCGGCGGCGGCAGCAAUGCUCUGUCUCCUCGAGAGGUGAUCGCCUCCGAGCCCUGCUAGGUGGCCAGCUGCUACAGGACGCCGGCUGAAAGAAGAGAGAGCCUUGUCCGCAGCAACUGCGGCCACACUGCUCGGCCCUUUCUCUGCGCCAUGGCUUAAACCCGCAGCCACUUCGCCUCGCGUAGCCUCGCCUGGCUGGGGUCUGCGCGCCGCCGCAGCCGCAGGGAGGGGCGAAUCCCAGACGCCCUCGCCGGGAGACCCGGGACGCGGUUUCUCACGCUGCGGUGCCCGCAGCAGACCGCGCUCCCGAGACCUUUGCGGUGGCUCCUGAAGGCGUUUACAGCGGGGAAUCCAGGGACUUUACGGACUUUAUCUCAGCGAUAGCGCUGCCCGCCCGACCUUCCCGGGUGCUCCCUGAAGGAGGAGGACGCGGUAGCUCAGGCUACCAAGGAAAACACGGUGGGAAUCAGAUUGGCCGCUCGAGGGCCAGGGAACUGGGAAAGAUUAGGGACUUGCUUUAGAAUCUAGCAAGAAGAGGGAGGGCCAGUUCUGCAGCGAGCAUCAUGGCGUGGCCGUGCAUCACGCGUGCCUGCUGCAUCGCCCGCUUCUGGAACCAGCUGGACAAGGCGGACAUAGCUGUGCCGCUGGUUUUCACCAAGUACUCGGAGGCCACCGAGCACCCCGGCGCCCCGCCGCCGCUCCAGCAGCCGGCGCAGCCGGCGCCCGCGCCCCCCUCGGCGCGCGCGGUCGCCAUAGAAACGCAGCCGGCCCUGGGCGACGGGGAUGCGGUUGCCCGGGCAACAGGGCCUGCGCCGGGGCCUAGCGGCGAACGCGAGGCCGGGGCAGCCUUCGGCCGGAGCGGGCCAAGCCAGGGCUCUGGUUCCGGCUCCACCUCCAGUGCAGGCCCUGCGGACUCGGUGAUGCGGCAGGACUACCGCGCCUGGAAGGUGCAACGGCCCGAGCCGAGCUGCCGUCCGCGCAGCGAGUACCAGCCCUCAGACGCACCCUUUGAGCGCGAGACCCAGUACCAGAAGGACUUCCGCGCCUGGCCGCUGCCGCGCCGCGGGGACCACCCGUGGAUCCCCAAGCCCGUGCAGAUUGCCACGUCCUCCCAGGCGGCGGCGCCGGUGCUCGGGGCGCCCCAGCGCCGGCCGCAAAGCCAGGAGCGCUGGCCUGUGCAGGCCGCCGCCGAGGCCUCGGAGCAAGAGGCUGCCCCUGGUGGAGCAGGUGGCCUUGCGGCUGGAAAGGCGUCCGGUGGGGACGAGCGCGACACACGCAGAAAGCCCGGGCCCGCCUGGAUGGUGCGUCGCGCCGAGGCGCUGGGGCAGGAGCCGUCGCCGUUGCCCUUAGCCCAGGCCCUGGUCCCAGCCGCGGGCCCGGAGGUGGGAAAGGGGCGUGCGGCGGCCGACGCCCUCAACAGGCAAAUCCGCGAGGAGGUGGCGAGUGCAGUGGGAAGCUCCUACAGGAAUGAAUUCAGAGCAUGGACGGACAUCAAGCCGGUGAAACCCAUAAAAGCCAAGCCCCAGUACAAGCCCCCGGAUGAUAAGAUGGCUCACGAGACCAGCUACAGCGCCCAGUUCAAAGGGGAGGCCAAUAAGCCAACUCCAGCUGACAACAAGGUCAUUGAUCGCAGAAGAAUACGCAGCCUCUACAGCGAACCCUUCAAGGAGCCCCCAAAGGUGGAAAAACCCAGUGCCCCGAGUUCCAAACCAAAAAAGACCUCCUCGAGCCAUAAGGCCCCGAGGAAGGCCAAGGACAAGCAGGUGGCGUCGGGCCGGGCCUCCAAGAAAAAGAGCGCGGAGGGCGCCAGUGCCACCCUGCCUGCCGACAAGGAGCAGAGCGCCGAGAUGAACAAUAAGCUGGCGGAAGCGAAAGAGAGCCAGGGGGAGCCCACCAGGGAUUCACGUAAGAUUCAAGGUCCUGUGGCCACAGAGCCAGGCAAGGAUCAAGGUCCCAUGGGCUCGGGGCCUCCUAAAGCUCAAGGUCCUGUGAUCCAAGAGCCUUCAAAGGGUCAAGGCCCCUCGGUCCCAGAGCCGCUAAAGGAUCUAGGUCCCAAGGCCCCUGUGCCAGUUAGGGAUGAAGACCACGUGGUCCCUGAGCCUUUAAAGAAUGAAGGUUCUGUGAUCUCAGCACCAGUCAAGGACCAAGAUUCCUUGGUCCCAGUGCCUCUAAAGAAUCAAAGUCCUAUGGUUCCAGCAACAGUUAAAGAGCAAAGUUUCGUGGUACCAACGCUUCUGAAGGAUAAGGACUCUGUGGCCCCAGCACCCAUCCAGGAUCAAGGCCCUGAGGUCCAGGCCUCUGUCAAGGAUCAAGGCUCUGAGGCUCAGGCACCUGACAAGGAUCAAGGCCCUGUGGCCCCAGUACACAUCCAGGAUCAAGGCCCUGCGGUCCAGGCACCUGUCAGGGAUCAAGGCUCUGAGGCCCAGGCACCUGUCAAGGAUCAAGGCUCUGAGGCUCAGGCACCUGUCAAGGAUCAAGGCCCUGUGGCCCCAGUACACAUCCAGGAUCAAGGUCCUGCGGUCCAGGCAUCUGUCAGGGAUCAAGGCCCUGCGGUCCAGGCACCUGUCAGGGAUCAAGGUCCCGUGGUCCCAGAGCAUCUGAAGGAUCAAAGCGCCAUGGUCACAGCACCUAUGAAGAAUGAAGGUCCUGUACUCUCUGAAUCUGUAAAGAAUCAAGGUCUGGUGAUCCCAGAGCCAGUCAAGGAUCGAGGUGGGGGCAUCCCAGAGCUGCCGAAGGAUCACAGCUCUGUGGUAGCAGCGCCUGUAAAGAAUCAAGGGCCUGUGGUCCCAGCCCUAGUCAGAGAUCAAGGCCCCAUGAUCCCAGAGCCGCCUCAGAUUCAAGGUCCUGUGGUCCCUGAGCCUGUGAAGACUCCAGUUCCUAUAAUCCCAGUGCCUCUGAAAGAUCAAGAUCCUCUGGUACCAUCCUCGGCAAAGGACCAGGGGCCUGUGGUCCCUGAACCUCUGAAGACUCAAGGUCCCAAGGGCCCUCAGCCCCCCCCAGUCAUGAUCCCAACUGUCCCCCACGCAGAAUAUGUUGAGACACUCACCCCUUGACAUGCCAAAGAAGGAGCCGGCCGUGAAGGUGCUCCCCCAGGGGCAGCGAAGACACAUAUUUAAUCUGCAUGAAACACGUCUUGUAGAGUCUUGCUGGAAUCGAAUAAAACUGGUCCCUCUGGCUCA